CUUCUUUUUUCAUUCCUCAGAAGCGUCUUGACAAGCCAGGAUGAAGUGUUUUGUUUUAGGAGCGAUUCUUUGUUUUCUUCCGCUUACAUUCUCAAUAUUUUUUGGAGACCAUGCUUGUGUUGUAUCACUCAAAGGUUUUCUAACUCCCGGAGAAUAUGACGAAGUGUCGGUCCCUCGGGAUUGCAUCAACGGGACCAUCCGCUGGAACUACCCCACGGAGUAUGCCAUUGUUCACUUCUCGCCCAACACCGGGAAAAAUUUCUUCGUUUGCAUCGGGAAAAGUGUUUACAAAUUCGAACUUUUUGAUAUAACAGGGGGGAUUCGACAGCCAAUUACCUACGGCACUUGUUUGGAACCUAAGAACAGUAAAGUUUCCAUAGAAAUCCAUGCUUCCAAAUCAUUACUAUACCAGUGGAACAUCAGAUAUUACAUAGAUAUUAAGGAAACAGUCGCCACUGAAAGGAACACCGCCGCCACUGAAAACGACACAACCACAGCCAUUAAAAGCGAUACUAUCACCGCCAUUGAAAAUAACUCAACCGUCAAUGAAAAUAACACCACCGCCACUGAAAACAAAAUUUUCGCCUCUGAAAUAAAAACUACCGCCACUGAAAACAACUCUACUGCCUAUGAAACAACAUCUCCAGCACUGAAAACAACACAAACGCCACUAAAAACAACACCACCGCCACUAAAAAUAGAACUAAAGCCACUGAAACAACACAAUAAACACCGCAACAAAAAACAACAUCACCGCCACUGAAAACAACACCUAUAGCCAAUAAAACAACACAACCGCAAUAAAAAAACAACACAACCGCCACUGAAACAACACCGUCGCCAUUGAACACGCCACCACUAUGUUGCAACAGAAAACAACGCCACCGCAGCUUAAAACAGCACCAGAACAAAAAACAUAAACACCGCAGCAGAAAACAACAGUAUCAUCACAUAAAACACCACCACCAUCACAGAAACAACACCACCGUUUCAGAAAACAACACCACCGCAAUGAAAUAACACCAAUGUCAGAGAAAACAACACCACCGCCACUGAAAACAACACCAAUGUCACAGAAAACAACAUCACCACCAUUAAAACAACAUCACCAUUAACAACAAAUACAACAUCAAUUAGUUUAUCUAACGUAAAGCAUAUUGGAAUAGUUUGACUUUUCUGGGGUGACCGCCAGUAGUCAUCCGUAAGAUUUGAUUUUUGUAGCCACAAACUAUUAUUCAAUAAAGAAAAUCUCCUAAUGUUCAA